GCAUAAUUCUCAGGACAUUACAGCUGAAUUUUUAAGAGAAAUUGAAUUACAUAUUGUUAUAACUUCUGUUAGUGGUUUUGUAAAUCGCUGCUAUGGUAUUACCAAAGAUCCAGAAUCUAAUAAUUUUAUGAUGGUGAUGGAAUAUGCAGAAAAUGGCAGUUUAAGACAAAUGUUAAAUAAUAGUUUUAACUCAAUGAAAUGGGAUAUAAAAUUAGAAAUUUUAAAAAGGAUUGCAAAUGGCCUUAAAGAUAUUCAUGGCCAAGGAUUAAUUCAUCAUGAUUUUCAUUGUGGUAAUAUAUUAAAUAGCAAUAAUAAUUAUACUUAUAUUACUGAUUUAGGAUUAUGUCGACCAGCAAAUGUAAUACCUUCUCAAGAUGAAUAUAAAAAAAUGUAUGGAGUAUUGCCUUAUGUAGCACCUGAGGUUUUAAUAGGAAAAGAAUAUACUCAAGAAAGUAAUAUAUAUGGAUUCGGAAUUAUUGCAUAUGAAGUCUGUACAGGGCUUCCUUCUUAUCAUGAUAUUGCUCAUGAUAAAAUCUUAGCUAUUAGCAUUUGUAACGGGCUUAGGCCAAAAUCUGAUUAUAAAAUCCCUAAACUAAUUUUGGACAUAAUUAAACAAUGUUGGGAUGCUGAUCCUUCAAAACGACCUAAAGCAAAUGAAUUAUAUGAUUCAUUAUAUAAUUUAUAUUACAAUAAUAUGCAAAAUUAUAGUGGUGAAAUCAAUAAGCAAAUUGAAGAAGCAGAUAAAAUCAAUGAAAAGUUUACUACUACUUCAUUACCAUAUAAUGGUACUACUCUUUCAUAUACUACAAAUCCUCAAGCAGUUUACAAGAGUAGACUUUUAGACUUUAAAAAUCUUCCAGAACCAAAAAAUGCUAUCGAUAGCAAAGACAAUGAUUUAUUUAAGUAUUCAGAAUCCAUAGAAGCAAUAGAUUUCACUAAACUCAGCCUAGAUAAAAACAACUAAAAGAAAGAAAAGGAAGAGAAUUUACAAUUUUCAUAGUAUAUAUUUCUUUAUUAGUAUCUAUUAAUUGUUAUUUAUUUUUUUUUAUUACUACUACAGUAUAUAUAUUUUAUUGGAAUAUUCUUUUUAUGACAGGAACUUAAAUAAGUAUUGAUAAACUAGUGUACAUUUGAUUUGGAUCUGUGAGUUUUAAUGCUGAAAAUAAAAUUUAUGCUAAAAAUUAGUAGAGGUUGAUUGAAUAAUAAUAUUAAUAAUCUUACUAAUCAUAACUGAUUAAUUAAUUUGGUUAAUAUAAAAAAAAAAUAUAUUAAAAUUUUUUUACUCAUAUGUUUAGU